CUUACCGUAUCCAGUGCGAUGAAGGAGGCCGUCUUGAUUGCAAGGACCAUAGCAGGCCACAGUUCUUUGAAAUUAUCAUUCUGCACAUCAAUAACAGGGACUACCAUGGAGGAUGUCAUAGCUACCUGGUUAAUAUUUGAGCACAGCCAAAAUGUUCGACGUCUGUAGCCUAACGUUAGCUAGAUAGCUAAGCUAAUGUUAGCUAGCUAGCUGAAGACAGUGGGAUCGAGUGACUAGACUUAUUGAAUGGCCGGGGAGCUCAUUGCAUGGUGUUUUCGGUUGUCCAAUGAAAGCGUUCUGUUCACUAGUAUGCGAUAUUCUUCACGUUAUCCCAGUUGGAAAGAUCCAAAUUCAUGGGGAAAAUGAAGCGUAGUUUAAACUGCAAAUAUUCUAACGUGGUCUGAAUAGGCCCUCUCAGAUUUUCCGUCAACACACAAAGGACCCCAGUACGCGUGGACCGUUUGUUUUUGAAAAUAUUUGUUUUACCUUUCUGUAAUCACUUACUUUUCAAUAUGAGGACAAUUUCGACUAAAUAUUUUUCUUAGUCAUCAUAAUUCGAAUUUUAACGCGUGAGAUGUUGUAUUUACUUCUCUUGGAAAAAUAUUUGAAGCAGGCAGUUACUUGGAUAGCGCUUCCCGGUGACGCUAGCAAACAAUCGUUGGGGCAAAUGCGCCAUUUUGGCUCAAACAGUCGGAAUUUACUUUCUUUGCAAUUUAUUAUUUUUUUUUCAGCAUGCUACGAACGUCGCUUAUUUUUUUUGUUAAUGGUUGGGAUGAGAUCAUGUUUCACCACAUUCUGUAUUUGGUGUUUUGUUUCCUAUGAGAACAAGUGUAACGUUCUGGUAGCAUUAGCCUCACCAAGCUACAUGCUAGUUAGCUGUAUCGUUUGAUUGCCAACAACACUGGCUGAUGGUUAGCUUGCUAGUUAUAUUUAGCUGUUUUGACUUGUUAGCUCGCUAGAUAUGGGUGGGUGCUCCGCUCCAAAUUGCUCAAACUCAACAACAAUUGGGAAGCAACUGUUUCGUUUUCCAAAAGAGCCUAUACGUAAGAAGAAAUGGCUUGUAAACUGCCGGCGUAAUUUUUUACCAACUCCACAUUCCAGACUGUGUCAGGACCAUUUUGAGCUGAGUCAGUUUGAAGAAAUCGCCAGGUCGCCAGCAGGGGGAAAGAAGCUGAAACCAAAUGCCGUCCCCACUCUUUUCAAUGUGCGUGAUCCACCUUAUCCCGUAACCCCACAGAUAGUGCUACCACUCAAGCCAGAGCCAGUGGAGAGGGAUCUCAAUGCGGGGGAUCAUGGCUACGCACGACGGCAAACAGCUCUGGGCAUGGAGGAAUAUGAUGCUGAGGAACUACACAAGGCAGAGGAACGUCCCUGCAUCCAUUGUCAACAUUACAGAACACUGCUGGAACAAGAAAUGCAACACACAGCCAGAUUACAGAAAGAGGUAGAGGAAAUGAAAAAGCGGAUGUUCAGACUGGACAGAAUAGAGAGGGGCCUCCAGACAUUUCUGUAUGAAGACCAGAUCCGCGCCCUGACACUGACCAAGCGUUCCCGGAGAGCUGUGUGGUCCCACGAGACAGUGCUGAAGGCCCGUAAGAUUCGAUGUGCGGUCGGUGGCAAGGGUUAUGAAUUCCUCCGGGAGUUAGGCUACCCCCUGCCAUCUUAUAGAACUUUAUGCAACCGCCUGGAUAACAAAAUCAUGGUGACGACAGCCAUGGGGUGUGAUGAGCUGGCAGAGCUAGGUCUAGGAAUCAUAUCCACAUGUGAUAGUCCAGAGGGAGAUGGGGACGUUGAGGCUUUCAUUGGAGUGAUCUCAUGAAAGAGAGAUUUUACAUUUAUUUAUUUAUUUCAAUGUGUUUCAUUUUGAAAGAAUGCAAUGCAAAAUUACAGGACAAUAGAGCAAAGACUGACUGUAGUAUGACAGCUAGUUGGCCUAUGUGGUGGAGAAAAUGUGGAAGCGUUUGCACAGUGGGAUAUGUGUGUGUGUGUUAAUGCAGGGGUGUCAAACAUACGGUUUGAGGAAAAAUAAGUAUAUAUUUUUUAAAUAGUUGGGGGGGAACAAACUCCAUAUACUUUAAAAUGACUAAAACCAAUUUUUAAUUAUUAUAAAGGACCUUUACAUUCAUACAGUUUUAUGACUGUCUAGCUCGCUAAUAAAAAACAAACAAAUUAAAACUAGAUAGUUAGGGAGCAUUGACAAUUCCAAGAAUGAUGGAUUGAGGACAAUGUUAGCAAAUUUUGACGCUAUAUUACAUUUUCAGUGCGGCCCACCAGGCCAUGAUGAAGACCGGAUGUGGCUCCCAGGACAAAAUGAGAAACCAAAUCCAAAACCAAGAACAAGUUUUGAAGGGAUACUUCAGGACACAAUGGAUACCAUUUGUAUAUCUGACUCUGGGGAAGUAGAUAAAGGGCCAG